AUGUCGAAGUCCAUCAACUUCCGACCUCCAUUUCAGAGCGAGACAGCCACCCUGCUGGUUGCUGUCCGCUGCAGACCCUUAAAUGCAAAGGAGAAGCUGAGAUUCCGGGACAUCCUACGGGUUGUAGAUGACAAGAUUGUGGUGGUUCUUGACCCGGACAUCGCAAAGGAGUAUCUUGACAAGGUGCAGGGACGAAGCAAGGAGAAGCAGUAUGCGUUUGACUUGGCCUUCGAUUACACAAACAGCAAUGAGGUCGUAUACCAACGAACCGUUGGCACGCUGGUACCCAACGUCGUCAAAGGCUUCACUUCGACGAUCUUCGCUUACGGAGCAACAGGAAGUGGAAAGACUCACACCAUGGUUGGGACUCAAGACGACCCCGGGCUUAUGGUUCUCAGCCUGCGAGACAUCUUCAACAGGAUUCAGAUGGAGACCGAGAUAGAUUUUGAAGUCACUUGCUCGUACCUUGAGGUGUAUAACGAAGUUAUCUACGAUCUGCUGGAGCGAUCUUCGGGCCAUCUGGAGUUGAGGGAAGACCCGGAACAGGGCAUCACGAUUGCGGGGCUGAAGAAGAUUCAGGUCAACUCGGCUGACCGCAUCUUGGAGUUGCUCGAGGAGGGAAACAGCCGGCGGAAAACUGAGUCCACGGAUGCCAACGCAACCUCCUCAAGGUCACACGCUGUUUUGGAAAUCGUCGUCAAGCGGAAGGAGAAGAACAACUACAACGCCCCGGUCUUGAAAGGGAAGCUGUCCCUUGUAGACCUGGCUGGCAGUGAGCGCGCGAGCGAGACGAAUAACGCGGGGCAGAAGCUGCGAGACGGGGCCAACAUCAACCGGAGCCUUCUUGCGCUGGCGAACUGCAUCAACGCGCUUGGAAAGCAGGGAAAGAAGGGGCUCUCGUAUGUGCCCUAUAGGAACAGUAAGCUGACGCGGCUUCUCAAAGACGGCCUUAGCGGCAACUCGCGGACGGCUAUGAUUGCCACAGUCUCCUCCAGCAGCGACCAGUAUCAGCACACGACCAACACGCUCAAGUAUGCGGACAGAGCCAAAGAGAUCAAGACGCACAUACGGACGAACGUAGGCACGGUGGAGAGUCAUAUCUCAGACUACCAGAAGAUGAUUGACGGACUACAGAUUGAGGUACAGACCCUUCGGAAGCAGUUGACCGAGAAGGACACGCAAUUGACGGCGCGGGACUCAAAGUCGGAAGAUGCUGAGUUGGCUUGGCUCGACGUUCUCAGUACCGAGAUCAGCGAGAAUGUGGAUGAGCGGAUCAACCUGCAAAAGGCUCUGUUCGAACUGGAGGACAUCACGCUGGAGAACAGAAACGAGGUGGAGCAGAUCGAGGCGGCGAUAGCGCGCGUGGAGGGAGGGGAGAUGGCUCCAGACGACGACCUAGAAACCCUUAGGGAACGACAUCAGAUGGCUCUCGAAAACCUGCGCGAGAACGAGGAUGCCAGCGCGCGGUACAAGGCAGACAUUUCCAACAACGAGGCCCUGCGAAAAGAAUUGCAGAAAAAGAUUGACUCGGCCAUCCAGAGUGACCACAACACCACCUUCCUACGGAUACUCAGCCAGUACCGGCUGUUGGGAAUGACCAACAUGGAGCUCCAGAUUCAGAUGGCUAUCAGAGAUCAGAUCAUCCAGGACCAGAGCGACGUCGUCAACAGCCUUUGGCAGGUGCUCGAGGCGACCGGCCUAGACCACGCGCAGAUCAUCCAAGUCGCCGCCGAAAACGGGAUAACCAUAGACGACAACGGGUGCCCAGGCCAAGUCCCCAACAUCCGGCCGGGGGCGAACCGGUUCCAAAAAGACGGCGCAGGGGGGCAAAACCGCCCGAAAAUGCGUCUCGACAUGUUGCAAAUCAUUCCCCCCGAGCAAUACCGGGCCAGCGUUUUGGGCGACAACGCGGCGCGCGACGCGGCCGCGCCGGUCGCCGCCCAGAGCGCGGCCGCGCACGCGGAGGGGGGCUAUCUCGCGGCCUUCCAGAACGGGGUUAACGCAAACGCGAGGGGCAGUUACGCCCAGUCGCACGCUCAGAGCAGCAGUGCGAUGGGCUUUGGCGGAGGGGGCGACCAUCACGCGUCUCCCCCGCGCAGCAAGUCGCCCCUCCCGAGCCCCCGCCCAGCGUCCUCCCCCUCCGUGACGGCGCAACCGCCGAGCGUUGUCGCCAACGGACUGAGCACGUAUCCCGGAAGUCUAGGUUCGCCCCCCGUGAGUCCCCGGGGCAACCCGACGGGCGGUUACAAGGCCUCCCCGUUCUCUUUGGUACAUACCCGCAGCGCCGGAAACAGUCCCCGGCCAAGUAUUCCGAGCCGGGAAGGCCUGUCACAGCGACCCGCCUCUUCCGCGAGCAUUAGCUCCGACCAAAGUUUCGCCUUCAGAAGGGGCGAAAUUGCGCCCGGUGAAAGGAGCUCCGGUGACGAGGAAACCUACGAAGCGGGCCAAGAAGGGCGGAGUUGGAGCCCGGUUAGGAUAACCCGCCCGACCAGCCUGCGGAGAGAAGGAUGGGUUAGCGAGCAGACCUCCGCAGCUAACCGGACGGUUAGCAGCCCCUCGCGAAAUGACGACGGGAACGCGUUGUCGUCUGAGAGCUGGGCGAGCGCUGCGGACGAUCUGUCGGACAGCGACGCGGAGGUUAGGACGCCGGUUAAGGGCUUGGUAAGGGCAAACAUGGAGGAGGCGUGGGGAUCCAGGGCGAUGGAGGGCGACGAAACGGCGGCGGGUUCCAAGAUGGUUAAGGAUAAUGAGAACUUGCGGAAGCAGAUAACGAGGCUCGGGACCGAGCUUGCGAGCUUGCAAAAGGACUUGCACAGCGGACGGGGGGGCGUUAAGGGGAGCUUCCGGCGGAAGAGCAGCGUUAACUACAAGGCGGGUUACGGGUCGGUGAGCGACGGCGAGGAUCGGUACGGGCGGUCGAACACGGCUGCGUCUGAUAGGCGGAAUAGGAACGUCCACGUGGCGCAAGAAUACUCGACGGACUCGGAGCAGGAAGAGGAGCAGAGCACGUUGACGAGCCACCGGAUAAGCUACAGCGUUGGCCAUAGCGGAUCCGCUGAGCCGCCUUCUUAUGAGCGCUCGCGGGCGCGGGGUCUAGGAGCGGUGCCCGAGAGCAGCGCCCGGAAGUCACCUACCGGGGGCUUUGUACAUGAGAAACGGCAGAGUAUGGUUGGUUCGCAUGCCAGUCGGAGUACGGACGCGGGGAGGCGGCGAUCGAGCAAAACGGAAGGGGGCUUGCCGGGAAUGUCAGCCGCGGCCAAGAUGAGGAACGUAAAGACCAUUCCGGACUGGCGGUAA